CAGAUAUUAUUAAAGAUUAUUAAUUAAAACACAUAAUUUCAAAGUCCUCGUAACCAAAAGUUUUUCUCGAAAGAAUUUCAAUGAAUACAUAAAAGCUCAGAAGGAGGUUUAUUUUGAAAUCAUAGACACACGAGCAUAAGUUUCUGCGAAAGAGUAUCUAUAUGAUGCGAACAAUGAACACCACAUUAUUAUGGUCUCUCAUUUAUUAUUUCUCCUUUUUUUUUUAAUUUUUAACAAUGUACAUAAAAUAUACAAAACACAAUUAAAAAGUUAUAAAAAAAUUCAACCCUCCUGCUGCGGGACAUUUGAGUGCCCAAGCAACCGGUAACAAGACCAUAUUUAUUGCUAAAAUAUCUGUUUGGAAAUUUUUGAAAAUUGAUUUUAUCAUAUAUUAUGUGACAUUUAGCGUGCCUGACAUUUAUAUUAAAUACACAUAAUAUUUGUGAUUAUUUACAUAUUUGUUUAUUUCAAUUCCGUCAUACAUAUUAUACUUGGUUUAUUUAUGAUUUAUUUACUUUAUUUUAUAUAGGUAUGCCAUUUUAUCACAAACCGAAAGCAUUUACACAACUACCAACAGCGGCCGAGAAGAAGUCUGUAAAGAAUGGACCGCACCACGCAGUGUUCACGUCUAGGUUUGAUAAAUACGUGGGAGACUGGAAAAAUGAUUUGAAAGAAGGUAAAGGGUUAUUUUUAACUAAAACUGGAAAAUUAUAUGAAGGCGAUUGGCAUCUGGGGUUUAGACAUGGAUUUGGAACUUUGAGCCAUAGACUUCCAAACGGCAGUUUCUAUUUAGACUACCGAGGGUGCUGGGUGAGGGGUAAACCGGAAGGCGUUGGCUGGCGGUACUAUGAGAAUGGCGACGUUUACUUCGGCUUCUGGAAAAGCGGCAAACGGCAUGGAUAUGGAAAGAUGUGGUACAAGAAUGGAACGUAUUACGUUGGGUAUUGGAAUAUGAGCGAAAGAGAGGGGAUGGGAAUGUUUGUACAAGAAAAUGGAAACCGGUACGAGGGCCACUGGGAAGAUGAUUUAAAGAGCGGUCUGGGUCGUUUCUACCAUUUGCACACCGGGCAGUUGCAAGAGGGAGUUUGGGAAUGCAGCGUUUGCGUCAAAUCGAAGGUCUCCGAUAUCGUCAUAAGACAGUUUUGCGAUCUACCCACAGAGUACCCCAUACCUCCGGAAACCCUAAGAAAUUCGCUCAUCAUUUUAGAAAGAAGUGCAAUAUGGCUGAAACAAAAAAUAGGAGAGAUUGACCAAAAAUUAAAACACUGUAUCGAUCAAAUGUAAGGUUUAUUUUUUGGUAAAUAAAAUCAGAUCAUUAAAAAUUCACACAAUUGUCUGAUAAUAAAGAAAAUAUCUGGAAGCACGAACGCGUUUUUUUCGGUCGGCCUAUGUCCAACAACUUGUCUAUGUUGUCU